AUGAUUUCUCGUUUAAUUUGUCACAUUUCAUCUGUUGAACAUUAUUCGAUAUCACUUAGUACAAGGAAGAUAACCGCUAAAAACAGGGUGCGUCUAUCAUUUCGUGGAGCAGUGUAUAAUUAUUUAUGCUCCGGGACCCGGAAACCCCAGUAUUUGCCUUGACCCCGAAAGGGCCCACCCCGGAAGGCCCCACCCCGAAAGGGCUCACCCCGGAAGGGCGACCCCGAAAAGCCCACCCCGAAAGGGCCCACCCCGAAAGGGCAGUAACCCGGGCAAGUAGAUACCCAAAAAAAGUUGAAGAAAGUUCCUACAAGUCCGGUGAAAGCAGUUGGAUGCUCGGCGGACGCUCGGCGAAGGCACGGCGGAGACUUGGCGAAGGCUUGCAAUAUGCAAACUUUUUCUAGUUUUAGAACAUGACUAACGUUAGUUUUCUUUACCCUGAGUUAUUGUAACAUAUAAAAAGCCAAAAUUUCGGACAAAAAACGAAGAUCCGCAACUUUUAUCUAUAUAGAUAUUGCUGAUGUGAGUACAUGUAAAAUACCUUAAAAUAGGUGAUAAGCUGUCCUAGGACACGAUCUAUCUGAUAAUAUUAUUGAUUAUUGACUUCUUUUAAUUAAGCGUUCUCCUAGUCUCUCCAUGCAUACAACGACGAACAGAAGCGAUCCCUACUGUCGUUGACCCGGACUGUCGCUGACCCGUAAAGUCGUAGCGCCAUUUUGUGUAUAUUGCUGCUAUAAUACUGGGAUGAAACUUACGGAUCUUUUUUUUUGCCAUAAAUUUUGGUCUUUUUUAUAUGUUGCAAUAACUCAGAAUUAAGAAAACUAGGGUUGGCAAUAGCUAGAAUUGCAAAACGUGGACACAUUUCAAGUCUUCGCCAAGUCUCCGCCGAGGCUUCAACGGCUUUCACAGGCCUCGUGGACACCUCCUACAAUCUUUUUUUGGCUCUCCGCCUGCCCUACACCAUCGAUCUUUUUUGUGGUGACCCGAACUGUCAACAACCCGAGAAGCCGGGACACGGAAUUUUAGGUCAAGAUUUGGCGAGAAAAUAUAUUUACCACACUCCGCACGCCUUGUUAUGCAGUUUUAAGGACAUAGAGCUAUGAGAAAUUAUAUAUUAUCUCCAUGUCUAGACGUCUUUAGUGCAGUUACCGCCCACCUUGCUCGCUUCGAAUUUGAUGACUUGAUAAGAUCCUUUUAUUACCCUCCAACCUCACCAUUUUUUGUCGCGUUGAAAUCGCUGAGCUUCAUUUUUAAUGGAUUUUUAAUUUCGCUUUUCAGAAACCACCUUCGUCAUGCAGCUUACCUGUCCUUGCGGAAAAGACAAGUGCGAUUGCGCCAACUGUGGCUGCCAGCAGCAGCAGCAGACCCAGCAGCAGGGUUGUUGCGGUGGAAAUGCUUGUAAGUUAUGUCACCGUUUCUAAAUGGGAAGUAAUUAAGUCUGAAUUUUUUUGCAUAAAUAAAUCUAUCGUAUUAUGGUAUUACUGUAUGUUGUUUAAAAAUACGUUGCGCCAAAUUGGCCUUACUUUUUCAGCCGGCGGCUGCUGUGGUGGAAAGUAAUUCAACGUUCCAAAAACGGAAACGGAGCUUCAGAUCGACAUCAACAAAUGGCGCUUAA